AGACCCCGCGCUGCCUGCACCUCUAUCGUCUCGGUUGACAUGGAUGAUGAAGACGGCAGGUGCUUGCUAGAUGUAAUUUGUGACCCACAAGCACUCAAUGACUUUCUUCAUGGAUCAGAAACACAUCUGGACACUGACGACCUUUUGGAUGGCUCGAGUGACCCGUCCAGCUCGUUCUUCUCCAGCACUGGGGGCCAUGUUCCUGAGGUCCAGCCACAGGCUCCGUUGCCAACGAACGAGCCUUCAGGACUUCCCAGAGUCAGUGUUGAUUUGGACUUCCUUGAGGAUGAUGACAUUCUUGGGGGCUCACCGGGAGGAGGCGGAGAUGGCGGGAGUAAUGGCGUUGGGACAAAUCACGAACCAUGUGAUAUCCUUCAGCAGAGUCUGGCUGAAGCCAACAUUACAGAACAGAGCCUUCAGGAAGCUGAAGCAGAGCUUGACUUGGGCUCUUUCGGGCUGUCUGGUCUGACACAGGUGGUCCAACCUCUAGCAGACCCUGGCCUGCCAGGGGUGGGCAUUGGAGGACCUACCCAGAUCUUUCCUGGCCCAGGCACCACUACCACACCCUCCAAUGCCACACCAGACAUGCUUGGGUCCGUUCUGGCUCAUCCAAGCCUACAGCUUCAACCCCAGGUCAUGAACAAGGCCAUUAGUGUCCAGCCUUUCAUGCAGCAAGUUGGCCUGGGAAACGUUACCCUUCAACCAAUCUCAAGCCUUCAAGCCCUACCAAAUGGAAGCCAGUCAGGACCUUUGGGCAUUGGACAGAUACAAGUUGUGGGCCAGCCCACUGUAAUGACAAUAAACCCUUCUGGGCAGCAAAUCUUGACAAAAACCGUUGGUGGGUACCAGUUGCACCAGCCUGGGCCUGAGGCAGCAGCUGCUGGAGCCCAGACUGGGCUUGGAGGAUCUGUUCUCAGUUCUGGAGGGGGGCUAUUAAUUCAAGGGGGCAAGGCCACCCUUGGGUCCCCUGCCUUGAAUGGGCCAGCAGUUUGUGUGAGUAGCACAAACACCAAUAGUAGUGGCAGCACAAUGGCUGCUCCUGGUGGCAUUGUGGGUUUUGGAGGUGCUCCUAUCGGAACAGGAAUCAGUUCUCAAACACAGCCUCAGCCCCAAGGCCAAAUCAUGCCGAAUGUCAUCAUACAGAGGACACCAACUCCAAUACAGCCCAAACCUCCACAAGGUGGCGCUAUCCAGCCCAAACUGUUCAAACAGCCACAACAACAGCAGGUCCCAGCUCCUCACUCCUUACAAAAUGACGCCAGCAAGGCCCUUGGUGUACAGCAAGUCCCAGUGUCUGCUGCCCAGAAUGUGGCCUUCCUGACUGGCAAACCAGGCUCAAAUGUGGUCCUGAGCACACAGCCCACAUCACAAGGGGCACAGUUUCCACAAGCUCUGUUUAAACAACAGGCUCCUCAUACAACUGGUAAACCUCUUAGUGUUCACCUAUUAAACCAACAGGGCAGCAUUGUCAUUCCCCAGACAGUCUUGCAAGGUCAAAACCACCAGUUCCUCUUACCCCAGCUGCAGGCAGGGGGACAGAUCCUGACCCAGCACCCAGGUGGUCACAUCAUCACUAGUCAGGGAACAGGGGGGCAGAUUAUUGCCAAUCAGAUCCUGACAGCCAAUCAGAAUAUCAAUCUUGGCCAGGUGUUGGCCUCACAGGGUCAUCCUGGCGCCACCCAAAUUCUCUCUGCACCCAUCCAACUCCAACCCGGUCAAUUAGGACAUCCCACACUGUUCCAAAUGCCUGUCUCCUUGGCCCAGACACAGACUCAAGCCCAUCCGGUUACAGGGCAUGUCCAAACAGUCAUACAAGGGAUGCCAAUACAGAACUCCCUGGCGAUGGAGGGCUUAAGCUCAGCUGUUAGUUUGCAACCAACUUUGCAACAGCAGCCUGGUGGCAUCCCUAGCAGCAGCAGUGGUGCAGGAGCCUUGGCACAGUGCCAGCCAGGGGAGGCCAUCACUGUGCUGGGCAGUUCCACAGAUCAAACUGCUCAUGCUGCCCCGACUCAACCACAGCCUUCGAUCCUCACUGUGCAGACAGUCCCAUCUGUUACAGCGCCUGUCUCAGUGUCGUCAUCCUCGUCACCGUCCUCUACUGUGGCAACAUCGACAUCAUCUCUGGCUUCAGUGGGUCUUACCCCACAGGCACAGCAUAGCCCAGGCAAGGUGUUAUUGACGCCACAGGGCUCUAGCAUGAUCCUUAGCCAAGAGUCUCUGCAAAUGUUCCUGCAACAGGACCAGCAACACCAGGCAGGGAAAGACCCACCUGCCUCUGUUGGCGUACCUGCAUCUGUUAUCGUCAGCGGCAGCAGUUCUGGUCCAGUCCCCUCAGGCCAUGACAACCUAUUAACUGAGACUCAGCCGGGUCAGAGUCCGAGCCCCUCCCUUGGCCCUGCCCACGUGGCAGCAGUGGUUAAUAAGGUACCUUCUGCCGGACAACAGCAGUCACUGAAGAUCCAGAGUGCAUCCCCAUCUCAGCCCUUGGCCACACAUACUGUGACCCCCUCAGUAUCGGACAGCCCGCAACCUUCACAGGCUUCCCCCCUCACCCUUGGCCAACAGAUCCAGUCGCCUCACGCUCACCAGCAGUCUCGCCCUCCCUCCCAGCCUCAGCCUCAGUCUCAGACUCCAUCACGCUCCUGCACACCUUCUGCUCUGCCUCCCCUUUUCAUCAUACACAACCAGAUAGGAGGCUCUCCCCAGCCAGCAACACAGCCGCAACCUCCACCACCGCAACAGCAGCAGCAACCUCAGCCCCAGAUACAAGUGCAACUCCAGACUCAAACUCUGCCCACCUCCCAGCCUCUAUCUAUCCAGCCAGAGGUGCCUCCUGCUUCUUGUUCCCCAAAACCGCCACAGGUGCUGCCUACACAAUUCCAGUUUGCCACGCCAGCAGUAGGUGCACCUCCAGGUGCCGUGGUGAAACAGCAGGUCACUUUGUCAGGCCUAACUCCUGAACAGCAGCACCAUUUGCAGCUGAUCAACACUCAGCUACAGACUAUGUCUGCUAUCACCCAACCCUCCCCUCAGCAGAAGCAGCUGUUGGAAAAACUGCAUCAGGUUCAACAGAACAUCCUCCUCCAGGUCAAGCAGCAGACUCAGGCUCCUCAGCCACAAGUCACAGCUCAGUUCCCCAAACCGGCAGAUCAGGCAUCAGCUCAGGUUGUGACGUCCACAGCCAGUGCUGGGAUCCCUGUAGCGGUCCCCUCUCUUGUCCAGCAGAAAUCUGUGCUAGUCAAGACAUUGGCUACAGGGUCAAGUGAUUCCCAAGUGUUUUCCGGAGCCUCGGGACCAGUAGGAUCUACAGUUAACCACGGCAUCACACCACCAAGCCUUACCCAGGCAGUUCAGGCUAAGCCGGGAGUUAUAAGCUCAGUGAGUGGGCUCUCUUUGGGCAAAGCUGCACUGCCAAUUCAGGUUUUGGGUACUGGACUCUCUCAGAUGCCUGCACCACAGCCUCCCGCCCCAGUGCAGGUGCAGACUUCAGCUUUGAAAAGGCCAUUCAGCAUGGAGCCAAGCAAAGAAGCAAGGAUGCUGGAACAGCUGAGGAAACAACAAGGCUCAGUGUUACACCCAGACUACAGCUCCCCUUUCCGCUCCUUUGAGGACACUCUCCACAGACUUCUGCCCUACCACUUGUACCAGGGCAUGGCCUCUUCUCCUCAUGACUACCGCCGAGUGGACGAUGAGUUUGAAAGUGUCUCCAGUCAGCUUCUGAAACGAACGCAAGCCAUGAUUGAUAAAUACCGUCACCUUCUGUUUGAGGAAUCAAGGAAGCUGGGUCCUUCUGCAGAGAUGGUGAUGAUUGACAGGAUGUUCAUCCAGGAAGAAAAGAUUGCUCUAAAUCAGGACAGGAUUUUGGCCAAAGAGAAACCAGAAGAGUUUGUGGCAAAACCUUGCUUGCUGGAGAAGCCUGUUCAGUUGGAGCUUAGUUCCGUCAGGACUGGGUCAACAGUAGCCACAGCAGCAGCAGCAGCAGCAGCACCACCGCCACCUGUGUCAGCCUCACCAACUCCAGCACCAGCUCCUGCCCCUGCUCCUGCUCCUGCCCCUGUCCCUGCCCCUGCUCCUUUCCCACCCACCAAACUAGUUAUCAAGCAGGGUGGAGGUAGUGCCUCUGUGUCGUGGUCUACAAGCUGCACUUCAACACCCGCAGCAGGGCUUCAUCCAUCAACAGAGCAAGCAAGUCAGAGCUCUUCCCUCGGCCGCACUCCGUCCUCUUCUCGCUCCACUGAUGACGACGACACUCUACCCCAGCGGACCAGCAAACCACCCAUCAAGACCUAUGAGGCAAGGCGGCGAAUCGGCUUGAAACUGAAGAUCAAGCAGGAGGCAGGAUUUAGCAAAGUAGUCCACAACACUGCCUUGGACCCAGUCCACUCGCAGUCCCAACACAAUCCCCAUCCACCUACACCUGAGCUGCACCCAAAGGCCAGGUCUGUCGUCACCACAGUAACCACUGUGAUUAGGACUCCUCCCCCAACCUGCAGCCCUGCGUCCUCAUCAACUGCUACCACAGUGACCACACAUGCCGGCUCUGCCACUGGAGGCGGAGAUUCCUCCAGCUCUGCUCCCUCUUCUCUAUCCUCCUCUCACUCCUGGUCCUCUUCCUCUUCCACUUCCACUGCCCAAAUGAAUGGCACCCUCGAACACCACGAGGUGGGCGGUGUCAAACGAAACCCCACAUCCACCGCCAACCCACCACUUACCACAUGCCGCCUCCCCUUACGCAAAACCUAUCGUGAAAAUAUCAGCCCACGGCACCGGCCCGGCGUACCAGGGGGCGGUGGGGACAUUGUGCCCAUUCCACCACCUGGCCCCACAGGAACCAUAACCUCAUCCCCUCAGCCUCGAGGCCCCUCCCCACAGCCAGAGCGAACGGUGAUAGCCAGUGUCAAACUGGAGAGGCAGGGUGGUAGAGGCCCGCCCCAUCUACACACAGAGCAAGGGGGAGGGGAACGGGGUUUGGCAGAGGUAGAGGAUGUGUUCUACCGGGGUAUCAAAAAUGCGUACCAUCACCACCAACAGUUUUCAGACAAAGACGAGGAGGAGGAAGGGGAUGAAGGGGGUGGUUUGGGGAGGGUGAAGGGUAUGGGGGGCAAAAACAGAGAGCGAGCUGGAGUGACAUUUAGGAUGGACCAGCAUGCACCAGGUCCCCCUUCACCUGGAGAGUCUUCCUACACAAGAGACUCAUCACUUCCUGCCAAACGCUGUAAGUCGGACUCUCCAGACAUGGACAAUGCCAGCUUCUCCAGUGGCAGUCCGCCGCCCGAUGACUCCCUAAACGAGCACCUGCAGUGCGCCAUAGACAGCAUACUCAACCUGCAGCAGGGUCCGCCAGGCCGUGGGCCUGCUGGAAGAGGAAGCACAGGGAGGGUUCAUGGGACAAACCUGCCCAACCAGCACCAAACUCACCAUCCGGGCACCCCUUCUUCUUCGUCAUUAUUGUCAUCCUCGUACAGACAGUCUGCCCCCCCCUCCUCUUCCUCUGCAACAUCUUCGUCCUCGAUGACCCAGGGCCCACAGGUUGGCGGCCGGGGCCAAAAUGGGAAUUUGGUGUCACAGACGCACAGUAGAUAACAGCCCCUCAGCUGAGUGACUGACUGACUGACUGACUGACUGAUAGACAGGCAGAGGAGGCUU